UCUUUUAGGGAACCUACAAUGGAAGACUACAAGGAAGACCAACCAGAUGAGUCAGAAAAUGUUGAAAUAUCAAGACUGGCCCAGUCAAAGAAGAACAUUAAUAUUCUGAAUAUGGACCUGGAAAGGGAUUUGCAAAGAAUAGAUGAAGCAAAUCAAGAACUUCUGCUUGAACUCCAGGAGAAAGAAGAUGAGAUUCAGAGGCUGGAAAAUGAAAUCACUCAAUGCAGCAACUCUGCAGAGGAUAAAGAAUGGGAAAAGGAGAAUUCAACCACCAUGGAAAGGGAAAGAGCCUUGCAGGCACUGGAAGAAGAAACAGCUAGACUUGAAAGGAAGAAUCAGACACUGGCCCACAGUAUAGAAGAACUUCAAAGAAAGCUUACAAGAAAAUCACAAAAGGGAACCAAGUAUGAACAAGGCAACAAAAAAAGUACAGCAGGAGAGACACAGGCAAGGUUACAACAAUUGGAAAUUGCCUGUGCAGAACGAGAGAGGGAGUUAAGCAAGGUAAUGGAAGAUUAUGCAUUUGUGGCUCAGCUUUGUGAAGAUCAGUCCCUCUGCAUCAAGAAAUACCAGGAAACUUUGAAGAAAAUAGAAGAAGAACUAGAAACUCGGUUCCUUGAGAGAGAAGUAUCAAAAGUCUUAAGUAUAGAAACUUCAAGAAACAUACAAAAUAAAAGUGAAAUUAAUAAGAAUAAGUCUCUUCUAAAAAAGACAGCAUUGCUAUGUAUAAGAACUAUUCAAGGUUUUCUUUUCACUGCCCUCUUUUUCAUCAGAUUGCUUGGCUACUUGCUUUUCCACAUAUGUUUUGUAAACCCAGAUUUCCUUGUCAACGUACUACCCAAAAUACUGAACAGAGAAAUGUUGUGGAAGCUAAGAUGCUUCCUAUUUCCAUCUCUGACGCUUGAUACAGAAGACAUGUUACCUCACUAG